UUUUAUACUGCCGUUAGAUGGAAUAGCUGUUCACAAACGCAUUCCUUUCUACGCACUUAGUUUUCCGUGGUCAACAGCGUCAAUAAUACAUAAACUACACAAAUAAAAUGCGGCUAUUUAAAAUUUGCUCUUCGACAAUGUGAGAGUUACGAUCUUUAAUCGGGCCGUUGAAGGCCAUUUUUCUCUAAUCAUGAAAGCCACUCUUCUGUUUGUAAUUUUACUUCAAACAUGGACCUUUACGGUUCAAUUGUGUCCACAACAUUGUUCUUGUAAAUCAGUUGGUGCUCAAGGUGAAUGGUUGCGUCUUAAGUGUGGUGAUCACUUACAAGAAAUCAAGGAUGUGGAUAUCAAUAUAGUUCAUGUGGAGCUUACACAAUUAGACUUGAGUAAAAAUGCCAUUUAUGUCAUUCAAGUGGAUGCAUUUGUAAAUCUAACAAAUCUCAAACGACUUGAUUUAUCAGAAAACAAAAUUAAUUUUAUAGGCGAAGGUUGUUUUAAUGGCCUAGAAAAUUUGGAGAGACUAGAUUUGAGCCAGAACCAGAUAUCAACGAUAGACAGUUACGCAUUCAAAAAAUUAGUAAACCUUAAGAGACUUGAUUUAUCUGGAAAUAAAAUAACCGCUCUGGUGUCAUCUUUAUUUCAUGAUUUGCUGGCCUUAAAUCGCUUGAAAUUAAAUGGAAACAGUUUAACCACUUUGAAAGAAGGAAUAUUUCAUGGGCUCAAGACCUUAAAACAGCUUGACCUGUCCAACAAUCCCUGGAAAUGCAAUUGUGAUUUAUAUUGGUUUAGUAACUGGAUCUCCAACUCUUCAAUUAAGUUAAAUCCACCACCGAAGUGUGCCGCGCCGGUGUCUAUCAAAGGCCAGCCAGUGAAGAAGCUAAGAUUUCUACAAGAGCCCGAGUGUCAAUGGAUGUCGCCGGCGAUCGAAAUUCGACCUGUUCACAAUCAAGUAGUCUUCGCUGGGGAUUCGAUUAGCUUGAAAUGCAGAGCGCCCAGUGUUACGGUCGACAAGAGCGCCAGGUUGAAUUGGUUGUGGUAUCCCAAUGUCACCGCCGAAAUCGUGGAUUUGAAUGAUUAUAAAAAUCCUCAAGAGAGCUUACCUAAUAUUAGGAUUGAAAACAAAGAUCUCAUGAAUAACGGUAUUGUAGACAGCACUCUUCAUAUAGUUCCCGUUAAAGAGGAACACAAUGGACAAUGGAACUGUUUACUGGUUUCCGUAAACGGCAACAAGUCGAAGGCUGUCAGUGUCAUCGUGAUAUCCGAGCAUACGCGUUACUGUUCUCUGGCAGUAACCAGAAACAACAAGGGUGUUUACACAUGGCCGAAAACGGUGGUGGGUUGGAAAGCGGAACUGCCUUGCGAGGGCAAUCGUUUAUCGGGCUUGAUGCAAACUUCUUUGAAAGCAUUUUACCAUUGCAACAUGAGCGGUCAGUGGGAAGACCUAAAUACAGAAUCAUGCCCGUACAUGUCUCACACAACGAAAAUCUUGGAGCAAUUCUCGAAAGUGAAUCUAUCCCUGACGAAGAGCAGCUUACUGGAGACAGCAAAGAGAUUCAAGAACUACACGGGAAACGGUCCGAUAAAGCUGACAGAUCCGGUUGAAAUCCAUUUCAUAGUGCGAACGAUGGAGAAUUACUUAACCUUCUUGGUAAAUGAGAAGGACCUCGGAGUGAUGUUGGUCGACAUCAUCGGUUCGAUGAUGAACUUGCCGAAAGAAAUGUUGAAAAAAGCGGAAAUAAGUUUCAAGGCCUGCUCGAGACUGAUCAAAACGAUCGAGCGCAUAACGGAAUACACUCCGUCCAUACAGUCUCACAAGCAACGUAUGGCGCUUGAAGAGUUUCGUGUUAAACGCGAUAGUUUCGGUGGAUUAACGUGCACGUGGUACGCGAACAUCGCCGCGGAUACUGCGGACUCGGACGCGAGAUACCUGCAUUGCACGAUCAACAGAACGACACCGAUCAACACGAAGGAUAAGACGGUGGAAGCUUCCAUUCAAUUACCCGCAUCUUUGCUGCAACACUCGCAAGAUGGUGCAAUAGCUCAACAGCUCAUGAUAUCAAUGUAUAGCGACAGCAGAUUAUUUCCCAAGAUAAUUGCUAAUGACAGUAUGGACAUAUCGACAUGCAUUGUCGGCAGUAAAUUAAUUGGCGCGACGAUACGAAAUCUCUCCGAACCGGUUUACGUAAUGCUGAAGGCACCGUUGUUUCAUUACAAUGGAAAACGGCCGACACCGGUGGUGUGGGACGAGACGUUGAACAAUGUGGGCGGCUGGACCAGCGAUGGAUGCCGCAUAACGAAUUUGUUGAAUAAUCUGAUAGUCUUCCAUUGCGACAGAUUGGGAUAUUAUGGGCUUUUGCAGGAAAUUUCACAUCUUGACGGAAACAAUAUGCAUGGAGCAAAAUUUAGAUACUCACAUCCGGCGAUAUAUGUCGGGAGCUUCGUGAUGAUAACUUGUUUGAUGAUCAUGUCCGUGACGUACAUUAUUUCGUACACAUCCAUCACGAUGCCUAAGAAGGCGAAGCAUUCCGUCAUCAACACUUGGUUCGCCAUGGCCUUACUGUCGUUCUUAUACAGCAUCGGCAUCCAGCAAACGGAGCACAUCGAGAUCUGUCAGGGCGUCGGUCUUUCCUUACACUAUUUAUCCCUGUGUUGUCUAUUUUGGAUGGCAGUAUCCGCUAGCAACAUGCACAAAAAACUGACGAAACCAGGUCUGGACGUGAUACCAGACGAUGAGCUUCCAGAUCAGCCGAUACCGAAGCCCUUGUUGGGACUCUACUUAGUUGGCUGGGGUGUGGCUUUGAUAAUCUGCGGAAUAUCCGGCGCGAUUAAUCUGCACGAGUAUGCGGGCUACUCUCAUUGCUUCCUCACGUCGGGGCCGGCGCUCGCUGCGCUCUUCAUACCGUCCGGUAUCUUGAUCGCGUAUUUAUUGAUCUUCCUGCUGCUCAUCCGACGUGCGAUUCAAAAUGUCGACACGAACGCGCAACUGUCCGAAGGCACUCAGGCCACGGAGAACAUGGAUCUGGAGCUGUUGGAGCCGAACGCGAAUACUUCCGGCGACAGAAACAGCGUCCACAGCACGCAAACGGUAUCCUCCGACAUUGAGGAUCCGGAACACUCGCAGUUCACGCAGUGGAAGGGUCAGAUCAUAAUGCUAGUUCUCUACUUGAUAUCCUGGGGCAAUGCGGCCGCGGUGACGAUCAAGCCGCUCAACUUCAUGUUUGAGGAGACCGCGUUCGCCGUGAUGUACGCCAUCACCGCGAGUUCGCUCGGCCUGUUCGUGCUGUUCUUCUACGGAAUCGCCCGCAACGACGUGCGCAGUCAAUGGCUGAAGAUGCGUUGCUGGCUGCAGAAGCGAAAGACCCGUUGCUGCCGCACCAGAAGCGUGUGCGACGCGAACGCCGCGAUCCCGACGCAGCCGCUGGUGCAGAACUUCGUCCCGCCGUUGUCGAACUCGCAGGCCACUCAGGCGAUAUCCGACACGAAUUCCGUCGCUUCGUCGAGGAACACCAAUCAAUCGCAACAGAUCUACAACAGCUCGAAACUCGCGGAUUUCGCCAUCAAUCGCGACAGCAUUCCCGCUGUACCUGCGAACGCGAAGGCAGCGAAUCUGAUAGUGCUGCAUCGUCAGCAGUACCGCUCCAACAACUCCGUCACAACGUACACCGAACCGUCAUCGGCCUGCGUCGAGAUGUUCUACAACCCCCAUCAGAGCGGCGUCGCCAGGAAGUUCUUCAAGAAGCAACGUAGACACACCGGAAAGAAGAACAAUCUCGGCCCGAGGAAGCAGGGCGACGGUGGAGCCACCAGCGACGGCGGCAGCUGCGUUUCCGUACCCCGGCCUACCGCAAAGAUCAACAAUAGCCUGGAGCGCAGCAUCCUGAGUAGCAGCGCUAAAGUGAAUAACACCAACAUACACGUCGAGCUGAACCCCAUAAACGACAUUAAAAACGUGAACAUACUGUCGGACAGCGGCGGCAGCAUCUCCGAGGAGCGAAACAUCCCGAUACGCUUUGUCAUCGGUCAGGAGAACCUGAUGCGCAGCGUGAAGAAGAUCAACAACGCGCAGCAAAGUAACUCGCACGGUAACCCCGUGAUGUCCGAUAUGACGAGAGACGCGGCGCAAUCGAAGAGGACGCACGAUUCGGACGCGGACGUCUCGAAAACCGACGAGGAGUGGCACUUGCGAAAUGUCUCGCAGCAGUGCAGUCUGGAAUACAGCUCCGAGAUGGACACCGUCACGCAGAUGACGAGCGAGCGGAGCGAUCACAAUCUGCCAGAGAUCUGCGAGGGCGCGGAAACGGUGCAGGAGGAGCGUUUCUUGCGGAAGAGAUGCCCAAGCGUCAACGAGUUUGAGAUCGUCGCGGGCGAACACUUGCCGCGAGACACCGCCGGACGAUUGUAUCUCUCCAGUAGCAUGUAUUGCCUGCCACUGGAGCAUGAGAAACCGUUGAUGAACAGCUACUGCAACUCGCUCAACGACCUCGCGUCGCUGACGAGCGCAAGGCAUUGCGCGUACUCAAAGCCGUCGCUUAUGGACGCGCAAAGUACGACCAGUUCGAACUUGUGCGGACAAGAAGUUCCUGAGUCCCGAGGAUCGUACGAUCGCUCAGAACGCUCGCUCUUCGAGAUAAAUAGCUUGACCAGCGAUAAUCCGUGCACGCUGACGCCGCACGCAGAAACCCCGUACGCCUGUUCCUUGGCGAACAUUCAUUGUAUCUCCGACAAGAGUUUAGCGGAAAACAGUUUUCACGAGGAACCGCAACUGCCAGAAGUGGAUCAUAACGUAUUUAACGCAUCCGAGCCUAGGGAUCUCCUUUUGGAGGACCUUUUGGAGAAGAACUUCAGCUCUCUUGCUGAUAUUACAUCAAUUAGUAAGUCCAGUUCGCGUAACAUUGAUAAUCUUGAUUUAAUCGACACAAUGAGUGCGUGCGAAUCUUCAAAGUCGAAUGAAACGCAUCAUUUCGAGGCUAACGAGAUCUAUUUAGAUGAGCCGGUGAACCAUUUGCCAGUUAAGAAAGAAACGAGCGUUUAAUAUACGUAAUAUUUUGUUUAUUGUACUUCUAUUGUACAAGAGUACAGUAUAUUUUUUGGUAUGCACAAUUUCAUAAACUGCAUAAGAUUAGGAUUCGUAUAUUAUUUUUUAUGAAAUUAAUUUUACUAGAAUUGUGUUCAACAUUUCUCGUAUAUUAAAUAUUGUAUCCUUUUAUGCCUACUUUCAUAAACUGCAUAAAAUUGAUAUUUAGUAUUUUAUGAAAUUAGUUUUUGUUAGAAUUGUGUUCAACACUCUUCGUAUAUUAAAUGUUUACAUCUUUCAUAAACGGUUUAUGCAUAGUUUAUGUAUAACAACAGUUUAUGCAUAAUUUCAUAAACUGCAUAAGAUUGAGACUAGUAUUUUGUAUUUUAUGAAAUUAAACUUUGCUAAAAUUUGUGUUCAACGCUCUUCGUAUAUUAAAUACUUGUAUCUUUUUACUAUUUAUGACCGCGUUUAACAAAGCGAUUAUAUUUAAGAGUUGUACAUAAUUAAAAUUAAGUAUUCAUAUAUGAGAUGUCUUCAACAAAGCUUGAUGCUUUAUUUUAACUUAUGUAAACAUUAUACGACUCACUGAAACUUGCAACGAUAUUUCAUUGAAGAAAUUAUGCUGAACAAUUUUGAAACGGAAGACAAAGUGCUCAUAAUUUUUAUCAAUGAUAUUAUUCCUCAUCCCUGAACGAAUACUUUUCGAUUUAUCACGUAAAAACGUGACAUCGAAUUUGAAAUCAUUUUGGCUGUGAAACAUUGCUUUUUCAUCAAUAAACUUGAUAAUUAUAUACUACAGCGAAAUUUUACAGCAUUUAUUAUCAUAAUGUGACAUGCGCAACCCCGCGCACAUUUUUAUGAUCUCUAAGAUGAAUAUUAAUAUUCUCAUCUUGAAGAUGAAUACUUGCUUUGUAUAACUGCCUAACUACAAACUGAAAGAUAAGAAUCGAGUUUCUAUAUAAACCGAAGACUGAAUAUUAAAGAAAUUAAAUUUAUGAACUUUAAAUGCGAUUAUACCACCGACUUCCACGCAAAUAUGUACGUAUAUAUAUAUAUAUAUAUAUAUAUAUAUAUAUAUAUAUAUAUAUAUAUAUAUAUACAGAUAUAUAUAUAUAUCUUUCUCUCUUAACUGUACGAAAAAUCGUUCUCGGCUAUCAUGCCUGAUACUAUAUUGUAAAUAAUGUUCAGUUAAGUUUCUAGGACAAAUGCAGUUCGUAUUAAGCGCGUUAAAAUAGCUUGAAAGAUUUUAUAUCCUAUUUCUCUUUUUAUUAUUUUUACUUUUAUAUACUGAUUCUUUUAAAAAUUAUAAGUUUUAAUGAAUGUGUAUGAUUGUGUACAAGACUAGUUACUGAUUAUAUAUGUAUAUUGUA